AUGGUCGCUGACAAGAACCCAGCCCUCCCGGGGGUCUCCAACCCCGCUCGCGCUCAAGGAUCAAGCUGGUUUGCCCGCGAUCUCGCACGAGCGCUCGCACGAUCAGCGGGCGAUCCGUCGGCAACGCCGGCUAGCACCGAACCCGGGAGCUCAGGCAUCCAGGCAUCGUCUCACACGGUGAGCUCAGGCACGCAUAUAGUCGGCUUUCCCCACGCUGCGGAAGACGCGGCGAGUCGCGUGGAGCCUACCCCGAGCGCCUCGCAGAAGACCUCGGCUGGGAAAGGAAAAGCAAGGGCAGUUGAGUUCACCCCCGAACCGGACUCCGACGACGCUGGGUCCAACGGCGAUGCGCACGGCCUGGAGGACCUCGAUCAGCCUCCGUCACCCGACGCCCAGGACAGCGACUACGACUCCGAGUUCCCCGAAGAGUUCAAAGCCCUGAAAAAGGAGAAGUACACCUCGGCUGAGGCGCGCCGGUUGCUGCGCGAGGCUACCGCUCAAGAGGCUGAGCGCGAGGCGGCCAGGGAGUUGAGGAGGAAGGAGAGGAAGGACAAACGCGAAGCCGAGGAAGCCGCGCGCGAGGCCGAGCGCAAGCGCGAGAGGGCCGAGCGUCAGCGCAAGGAGGCGGAAGAAACUCGCGCGCGCAACGUCGAGGACAUCCUGUCCAGCGCGGUCAAGCGCAAGCGUAGUGCCGUCGAAUCGGGCAAGGCACGGAUCAAGCGGACCAAGCGGACCCUCGGCAAGAUCGGCAAGGCAGCGGCCAAACGCCUUUCGCGAUCGCCGUCGCGAUCAUCCGCGAGCCACUCCGAGAACGAAGACGAGCGCGAAGAAUCCGACGGAAAAGAGGACAAUGACGACAUCGUGGUCCGCGAGGCCGACGACGCCGAGGACAUAUUCACGCUCAACCGAGCUCCCAUCGACAGUCGCUUGAUCACAAUGUUCCGUAACGGCCACUACAUCCCCCUUACCGCCCUCACCAACGAGUCACUGCGCGCGAUACGUUCGGACGGAAGCAAGAGGAAGCUGGUCAAGGCGGAGCCGCUCCAGGGGGAAAAGAAGCACCACAUCCUCGAGGUCAGCGUCUUCCCGGACGAGCGCACGAUGUCAGCCCCAGACUGGGAGGAAGCGUGGAAGAAUACGUUGGAAGGUCUCAUGCCGGGCGUCUGUGAGGAAGCCAUCAUCGCGCGUUGGAGGGCACACGUCGAUUACAUCAAAAACGAGAUUGAUUACAAAACGAGCUUCCCUGCGCUGCGACAGUUCGACCUAGACCUCCGCCACGCGUGGUUCACACAGGGCCCAGGGAAGAAGUCGCGCUUCGACGUGGGCGGCCCGACCUACGUAAAGACGAUGAUGCUCGCGCGGCAUCAAUGGGCCACAUCUCAGGCACAAGCGAGCGGCUCUGGCUCAUCCAGCGGAAGACCGAACCGCAACGCACGUGGGGGGCGCGGCCCGGGCGGGGGAUACGCGGACUCGGGAAACAACCACGGCGGCAACGCAGACGCGGCGGGAGGAUCCUCGGGUGGCGGCGGCGGACGCGACAACGGGCAGUCCUUUCCAUCAGGCAGACGCUUCAACGGCCGCGGGCUGUUCUGCCUCAUCUGCAACAAGCCCGGCCACAAGGCGGACAGGUGCCGCACAAAACGCAACCCUUCCUGUUGA